GGCCACACAUGUUUAAGCAAUAAUGUCCCCAGCAUGGUGCACAAGCAGCGAUCUAUAUUUGAGUAUAUGUCCUCGAGAAAAACCGUUGGAAAUGACCAGCAAACAACGGUUUCCACGCCCACUGUAGUGAAAAUCGAAGAAGAAACAAAAAAGGAAGAACGUAUAGAGAUGUUUUGCCCGAUAUGUGAAUUUGAGCUUACCAGAUAUACUCUUGAAGCACGCUCGGUACACGUCAACCGAUGUAUAGACCCUCCUUUGGGGAAACGAGCCUCACCACAGAAGAAACGUCCGAAAACCGCUGAUUCAGUCAAGGUAGAGGGAGAGACCUUUCUCGAACCUCUUACCUUACCAUCUGGUACCACAACGCAAGAAGAUACACGACAAAUAAAGGAAGAGCAAACAGAUAAGGGGAAAAAAAGGCGAAGGUCAGGAAAGGUUAAACCUCCCAUACCAGAUCACAAAAUUCUAUCAUUCCCCUCCGCCGGAGAAGAGAAUGUCAUUGCUGUCGAUGCCUUUUGUUAUUCUCCUCACGCAAGUAUCAGUAUCUAUUUGUUGACGCAUUUCCACUCGGACCACUAUGGCGGGCUUUGCAAAUCUUGGGACAAUGGCGAGAUCAUAAUAUGCACUCCGAUAACAUCACGUUUAAUGCAGCUCAAAUUCAAGUUUCCGCAGGAGAGGAUGUUUAUUUUAGAGAACUAUGGCGUGCCGACCAGCAUCCCAGGAACAGACGUUCAGGUGACUGUAUAUGACGCCAACCAUUGUCCCGGAGCGGGAAUUUACGUCGUCGAAUGCUCAGGCACGAGGUAUUUACACUGUGGAGAUUUUAGAGCCAGCAGCGACAUGAUAGAUAAAUUGAGUGCAAUAUACCCGACCGGCUUCGACAAGUGCUACCUAGAUACAACCUAUCUCGAUCCAACCUACACCUUCCCAAACCAGAGCGAAGUUGUUAGCAGCACGAGUGAAUGGAUAAAGCAAAAGUGUGCCAUUCACAAAUCCAAGCAACAACGGGUGGUUGAUUUCUUCAGAUCCCGUGCAGCCCACGGCUUCGAUACCUCUGAGUUUUUGGUAGUCAUAGGGACUUACUCAAUAGGCAAGGAAAAGCUUGCACUAGGGAUCUCAAAAGCCCUGAACACUGGCAUCUUCUGCCCAAAAGAAAAGUACGAGAUCUUAAAGCAAUACGAAUGGGACGAACUCACUCAGAGGUUGAACACAGACGACGGGAUGAACUGCGGAGUUCAUCUCCUCCCUCUAGGGAAGACGCGGAAAGAUAUGAUGGUCGAGUACCUGAAAAAGUACGCCUCCAAAUACAAGGCGAUCAUGGUAGUAGUACCGACAGGCUGGACGUACGGGUACGGCGCAAAGCAAGGCGCUGGCAACAAUGCCGAAGCCAAGCCUGUGAAAACGCAGAUCGAGCAGAUGGUCGACUCAUUUGAACGAGGGUUCAACGUGGGCGGAAGCCGCGGUGACUUUGUGACCGUCCGCAAGAUACAGGUCCCCUACAGCGAGCACUCCUCGUUUGCAGAACUCUCGCAGUUUGUACAGUGUCUUGACGUCCGGGAGUGGAUCCCUACCGUGAACAUGGGCUCGGUGGGCAAGCAGUUGCAACUCAUUCGCCAGCUCCAAGGGGCAGGGUAAAAAAACAUGUUGCGGACGAUCGGCGUAAAAUUUUUUCCUCCGCUAAUUUGUUUUUCUGAUGGCGGUUUUGGCCGGUUCUGCUCUUGUUGAUGUGUUUUUGUUCGCUUUUGGGUGGCCUUUCUCCCGUACAGGCUACUUUUUCCUACUUUUUUUUUCUGACGUGUACCUCUCUCUAGCCUUUUGUGACUUGUAAGAAAGUGCAUAGCUUUUUCCUAUUCUGGAAGCCACACAAACCAUUUCCCGUUGUUGGAGGACUUCAGAACUAUCAUAAAUAGUGUCAAG